AUGCAGAGUGUCCAUGGCUUGGUUUGUGCGUCCACUGUGUUUGACGACCAUGUUUCCAUACUUAACCCUACCACUAGAGAGUCCAUUGAACUUCCCCAUACCGAUGUGCUUGCACUAACAGAAGGAGUUUCCAAUGCUCAAUAUUACUUUGGGUUCAGUCCCCUCACAAACGAGUAUAAGGUUCUGCAGAUCAUUUGUGUUGAUCCCAGUGGACUUGGAAAAUUGGAUACUGGGUUGUUGAACAUAUUCACAAUAGGUAGAGAUUCUUCGUGGAGGCCAUUGUGGGUAGACCAACACAGCGACCUUCUGGAGGGGUUAGUCAAUGGAGUGUGUAUCAAUGGGCUCCAUGAGAAGCAGAAAGUGAUAGUGGCUUUUGACGUUAGAGAGGAGACAUUCAGAGUGUUGCCACUACCCCAAGAUUAUGCUCAAGUGUUUGAUGAUUAUGUUGAUCAAGAUAAUCAUCUCUAUCGUGAUGGAAGUGUAGCCGAUACUUAUUGCCUACAAAGUGCAUGUGUAGUUGAGGUGGGGGAAUAUGUGGGUGUGUUUGUUGACAAGUCGUGGAAGCAGGACAAGAUCGUAUUAUGGAUUUUGAAGGACAAUCAAAACCAUGUGUGGGUUAAGGAGACUAUUAGCUUGAUGUUGGAAAAAACAUAUGGCGAAGGUGGGUGCUACGUUGAAGCUCUAGGUACAGUUCACACAGGUGAGUACACUAUUUAA